AUGGAAGGAUAUAAGAAAGUCGGGAAUAGAGAGGAUGCGCCGCCGAAACACGAAAUGGUGUAUUUCCCCGGUUUAAUGAGUGAGAAGCGGAGUUUUGGGGAUUUUAGAACGGUGUUGCAUACGGGGCUUUACGAUGCUGACGAAAAUAACACAGGCCAGAUCGUCGCUAUGGAAGUUCCAGUGAAUGGAGAGAUAGGCGAUGAAGUACAUCUGGUCGAUCAGAUCUUACUGUUCACAUCAGGCCGGGGACUAGCGACUGUGGCGGGGAAAGAACAGGAGGUAACAGCGGGAGAUGUGGUUGUUGUGCCUGCGGGGAUGCAACAUCAGUUUGUGACGAAGGGGGAACAGCCACUGGAGCUGAUUACAGUGUAUUCGCCUGCGGAGCAUUUGCCGAGUAGUGUGCAUAAGAAUAAGGAGGAGGGGGAUAAGGCGGAGGAGGAGGGCGUAGAUGAGGCGCCUGCGUGGGCGUUGAGGGGGAAAGAGGAGAAUGAGAAGGAGGGGUUGGUUAGGGAGAGUGGGAAGUACUAG